GACGAGAUUGAAAUAAUAAUAAUAAGUGUUGGAGGUUCGACAUGGACAACAGCAAUAUUACCAGAAUUUCAGGACCCAGUGUGGAUGAGCUGCUGGAAAACCCGAACACUGACUUCCAUCCUGAAAUGUAUCUGGGUAUCCAGCAUCAUUUGGUCAUCUUAUUCCAUGCUCGCAGGUGCAUGAAAGAACGGGUGGCUGAUUGUAAGCUCCCACUUUGCCAAACAUUAAAGAGCAUUUUCAAUCAUGUGGCACAGUGCCCAUCUUGGAAUGAAUGUCCAGUUAACUACUGCACAUUUUCCAAAAAAGUCCUUCUCCACUGGCUGAAAUGCAAGCAGUGGAACUGUUGUAUAUGUGGUCCCUUACGGAAGAUCCCAAGUCAGCCGUGUCAUAACCAGCAGACCCUCCCCGAGGAAGGAUUGACUUCAGACAAUAACCACCAUACACUGAACUCUGAGACGGAUCUUCCCAACUCCAUGACAAGAGUAAACCAGGCACAGAACAGCGAGUGUACUAUAAGCACUUUUGACAACUUUGGUACCACCAGAGAUUGGGAGCUGCCAUUACCCACAGCACCAUGGGAAACACUGUACACACCGGGAACUGAGAACAUGUGUGAAAAUAUUGGACAUUGUUCAAAUGAACAGAGGAAAUCUGUAGAAGUUGGGCGUCACAAUGGAAAUUUGGCUAUGUUAAAUCCAGAGUCCCAACCCAGCACGGUGCAGAACAAUACUCUGGUAAGGCAAGAUAGCCAUCAAGAAACCUCUUCACAAAUUUCUCCAACUACCACUGGCUCCAGGACCACCCAGGUAGAAUCUCCAAGAAGGACACCUCAACGCCAGUCUCAGGCAGUCAACAACACCAGCUAUCAAAAUCAGAAUAAUGCUUCUCCCAGACAGCAAGCCAACGCCUCGGCGAGAGUUCCCCAGCCCAACUCGCGACUUCUCACACAGAGAAACAGCAGGGGAAUAUGGAUGAGAAAAUCGAAACAAAGCUGGAAAAGUUGGAAAAGAUGUGAAGGCGUUUGGAUCCCUAAUCACAAAUUCCGACACUUAAGAUGCAGAACUUUACCAGUUGGCCGACAGCAGAUAAGAGAAAUUAACAACUACCGAGUCCCUUUGAAUCUUUAACAAAAAGCACAAGUUGAACUUUAAUGGGGAAAAAAUAGGCAGGGACAAGCAUUUUAUAUGCACGUUUGCUUGAACCAUCAUUGGGUUACC